CUCACAAAGGUGAAUGCAGCAUAUACACAACUUCUCCAUCCAGAAAGAGCAGUGGUCGUAGUAAAGUAAAGUAAAGAGCAAAAUCUCUUGCUCUAUUCACCCACAAAAAUUAUUCUAUACAAAUAAAAUCACAAUCACGCGAGACAGACGGGAGAAUAGAGAAUAAAAAAAUAAUACUUUUCUUCUUCUUUGAAGAUCAACGACAGCUUAUUGCACAGUGUUUGAUAAUAGUCUGGAGGAAAUAAUGAAACAAGAUAAAAUGGUAUUUAAAUAAUUCCGUGGUGUUGUUUUAAAGGGAGAAAGUUGAGAUUUGGAAUUGGACAAGUUUGACAUCACUUGUGAGAAUUUUAUUUUGUGUGGAUAUUUAAAAAGGGAGAAAGUUAAUAUUUUCGGGAACAAUAAUAUUUGUUAAAAACGACUUGGUUUUUGUGCAAAAGUGAUUCUUUUUUUCAGUGUUAAGGUAUAAUUUAUGUAUCGUGUAAGAGACAUAAUAAUGACUUGAGAUGCACAUAAUUAUCCACCACGCUCCGGCAGAAGAGUAAUUUGUGAGGAAAGUGAGACUUUGUGUUUGUGCCGAGGAAUCAUAAUAAUAAUUAAUCAGAAUGGCCGCAUUUUGGCGUGGUGACCUGACCCCACUUGACCCCUCGGGGUCACCUUUAGGUGUCCAUCACCCCUCCCACGGGGGCAUGUUGCUUGACGAUAUGAAACCCUCGCCAGCCCAACUAGUCCACGCGUCCCAUCCUUCGUACAAUUUAGACUUGGUGGCCCGUGGUGGUGGGGGGCACCACCCUCACUCAAUUUCGCCCAGUAUGGGCGGUGGGAUCCAUGGUGGCGGCAUGACCGCUGCGGCGUUGCAUCACCACCAGCAAAACGGCGGCCUCCACCAUCACCCCCUGCACCCUGGCAGUAUAAAUAAUAACAAUAAUAAUAACAACAACCAUCACCCGGGUAGUGGUGGGCAUAAUACGCAUCCCCACCAUACCAAAGCGGGACCGGGUUCGGGGGGAAGCACGGGGUCGGGGGGAGGUUCAAAUAACAACAAUAAUGGACCAGAGAGGGUCAAAAGGCCGAUGAAUGCGUUCAUGGUGUGGUCAAGAGGUCAGAGAAGGAAAAUGGCGCAGGAGAAUCCAAAAAUGCAUAAUUCCGAGAUCUCCAAGAGAUUAGGGGCUGAAUGGAAACAGCUCAACGAAACGGAUAAGCGCCCCUUUAUCGAUGAAGCCAAGAGACUAAGGUAUGAGAUGGCCGUGCACAUGAAGGAGCAUCCCGAUUACAAGUACCGACCUCGCAGGAAGACCAAGACACUCCUGAAGAAGGACAAAUAUCCGAUGAACGGUCCCCCCGGUGGCGUCGGGCAGGGUCACCACCAACAACAGAACCAAGUUCAAAGCAAUGGCGGCCUAAUGGACCCGCAUCAUCCCGCUGCUCAUCCCGGUAAUCAAGGCGGAAGUCGUAAUUCGAGCAAUGGUCCCGGCUCAGGGGGAAGUUCGGGAGGGAGUAACUCCUCCUCGUUAAGCCAUCAUCACCAAGGCGGCGGUGGUGGCGGGGGAGGAGGUGGAGGCGGCGCCGGUGGGGGUGGUGGACCCCCCUCACAUCACAAUCUUAACCCCAGAGACCUGUACUCGCAUCAAGCAAUCAAUGGCUACAUGCCGAAUGGAUAUGCCCUCAUGGGAGAUCCCACCGCUUAUUCGGAGUACAUGGAAAACUUGUCAAGGACUUAUGGAAAGGCUGCCUUUUACGACCAAGAAUCCGGCUACAUGAAUCCCCAAAUGUACUCGCGGUACGAGAUGUCCCCCGCGUCCGCCCCAUCCAUGACUUCUUCACCAUAUCUCAACGGCUCGUACGCCAUGUACUCGUCGACAGGGUCAACAACGCCGGUAGGGUCGUCGUCCGGGGGUGGAAAUUCAGGUGGGGCACCUCCUCAUUCGGCUCCCUCUCCGUACGGCGGUAUGGGCUCUGUCUCUUCCGUAGCCUCUUCCGGUGGCGGGUCACCCACACCGCCAAAGUCCCCCAGUAACAGUAAUAGUAUGCAGCAUAGCGGUAUGCCUGGUGGGGGUAAUUUGCAUUCGCCCCCAUCCUCCAUCUCCUCCCACCACUCCUCCCACCAACACAUGUCCCCCCCACCGCACCACCUCAUGGCGGCCGCGGCUGCGGUCGCGGCGGGAAAGCAAGGUGUUGGUGGUUAUCAUCAAGGGAGCGGGGGUCCUCAAGGAGGCGAUCUGAGACAAAUGAUCUCUAUGUACUUGCCCCCCCAUCACCAGGCGCAUCAUCCCCACCACCAACCACCACCACCACACCCACACCACCAUCCUGGCUUGGAUCAUCACAGUCUUAACGUACAUAAUCCCUACCCCACGCCAAGUCCUGACCAACAAUUGCAGCAACAGCAGCAACAUCAGCAGCAGCAGCAGCAACAACAGCAAAAUAUGGCACAUUUGGCGUAGUUUUUCUCAUAUAUUUACAUAUAUAACUUUUAGAUUUUCGAAGUAUUUGACUAAAUUACGAAUCUUCUUGUGGUGGUGGUUUGGUUUGGUCGGUCGGUGUGGGGAGAAGAGCUGGUCGUCGGAGGGAGUAAAGGAGAAGAAGGAGUUUGAUUUAAUCAAACAAAUUAGAUUAAGAAGGAAGGAAGGAAUUAAUUUGAUUGAGGAGAUUAAGAGAAUUGUAUUUAGUCCGAGGAGCGGAAAAGGGGCGAUAAACUAGAAGUCAUAUCAAAUCUCUUCUCUCUGCCUCGACGACUAACUAACACUUGUCCUUGUACUUGUACUGUAUAAUUCUAAAAUAUUACACUAAAUGUCCCCUCGUGUUGGUCGUAAUCUUCGUUGCCGUAAUGGUGGUUUGGUUUGGUUUGGUAAAUGUCGGGAUGAUGGUGGUGGGUGUGGUGUGGGUGAGGAUGUUCUCCCUUAAAUUUCUACUUAUUUUUCCCCCCGUGCACGAAUUGCUAGCUAAAAAACAAAUAUGCACAAAUUUUAGCAGUAAAAAAAACAGUGAAAUAAAGCAAAAAUCGCCCUCUUUCUUUCUUCCAGGGUGAGUGAGUGAGAGAGAGUGUGAGAAAAUUAUGUCAAUGUGUUCCUCUCUCUGCUUCUGCUCCACCACAACCACACCCAUCCAUCCAUCCAGGACGACACUGGGCCCCACCAACCACCACCACCAACCGGUGAUUCACCUUCACUUAUCAAACUAAUUUUAGACAUAGAAUAUCUAUUAAUGAAUGAUGAAAUUAUGAUAAGCGCAUUAUUCAAUCAUUUCUAAAUAGUACAGAAUAUAGGGUUUGAUCAUUCUCGUUCGUUUUAUAAAUUCAUUGCUCAAUUAAGGAUGGAUUAAAUGUUAUUAUGGUUUCGUCGUCAGUAGUGGAAUUAUGAUUUUACGUAGAGAAUUUACGUAAUUUAUGUGUCGAUAUCAAGUAAAAUACGGAAUUAUUAGAGAAGAGACAAAAACCUACUAAUUUUAUUUGAUCUCAGUUUAUUUAGAGUUUCUGGUUUUUGGUUGGAGAAAGUAAAAAUAUGAGAAUUUGUUACGUGUAAAGAGGAGGAAGAGAAAGUUUUGUAGGUUGUUUUAUGUACGUGUGAAUAGGGGCACCGCUGAAGAGGUCAUGUCAUGAUACGAUGUCACUUUUAUUGUGGUAUUUAGUUAAUUAUUCAAGAAAAUAAACAAUUUAAAGUUAUUAACUUUAUAAUUAUUAAAAGACUUUUCUGUGAUUUAAUUAAUUCAUUUAGCUUAAAACGGAGAGAGUAAUAACUUUUAAAUAGAAGCAGCUUAUUUAACGAUAUUUAAGAGCACAGCAACAACAAUUAUCAUGAUAAAAUAAUAAUAAUAACUAAUCAAUCAAUCAGAAUCCAAUCCAAUCCGUAUUAAAUAUUUACAAACUUAGAAAGAAACCCAUCAUCUCAUCCCGGUGUUUAAGAAUUUAAAUAAUUAUUAAUAACACCCCCAGAAUUUUUUCUAGUUCUUUUUUUAAAAUUUGAACUUUUUGACCUAUUUUCUACCCGUAAAAGCACACCCAAUAUUCUACACGCUAAAUAAAUUUGAUCAAAAUUUACUCAAGGUUGAGUAAAAUUUGCGAUGACACAACUGGUUGUGUAUAAUUUACCAAAUGAAAGUUAAAAUUUAUCCAACGUUGUAGAAAUUUCGCACAACCUUGAGUAAAUUUUAUCUUUGUUGAGUAAAUUUUGCACAAUCAAUUGUGUCAUCGCAAAUUUUACUCAACUUUAUUUAGAGUGUACCCUUAACAAAUAAUUAAUCGAUAAUUAAUUAAUUAACCAAUGUUAGAAUUGAAUUUGACAUUUCAACAUUCAAGACCGAUCCAGUAUUAUGAAAUAGUUUAUAGUUUUUCCAAACGCCCCGCACGAUGAGAGAAGAAAACGUACAAAAAAGUAUUUAGUAGUCGAAAUCUCGGGGUUCCUUUCUUUUUUUGCUACCUAUAAUGCCCACUUUUUUUGUUGCAAAAAUCUUCUAAAUCUCCCCUUAAUGGUGCAAAUUUUUAAAGAAUUGCCAACUAUUGUCAGAUCGCGAUCGUAUACGAAGAAUAAGGAAGAAUAUUAAGCUAAUUAACUAACUAACUAAAUAAAAUUUAGAUCAACCAAACCACCGAGUUUAUAACGAGACAAUUUUUAGUAACUCUUUUGAAAAUAUUUCAUAAAAUCUCUCAUUUUUUCUCGAAACGAAUCUCGAGUAGUUUUCUAUAGGGCCUAAAAAAAUAAUCACUGUAUAAUAAAAUCCAUACCUUUUUUGAUGACAGUCAAAUCACGUAAUAAAUACAUAAAUAUUCUCUUUUUAUCAAGUUCUACUAUUGCCCCAGACAAGAAAAAGAAUCAUCAAUCUCACUAUCAUAAAUAACACUAUUUGUAAGUAAAAUUACAUACAUAAAUAGUUUCAUCCAGUCUUAAAUACUAUUAAUUAAUUAAUUAUUAAUACUAAUAUUUAAUUUUUGACUCUGCCUAUUUAUUAAUAAAUUGUAUAUAUAUCUGUAAAUACGUACGUAUUAUAUGGAGGAAAAUAACUUAUUUAUUCAUACAUUCAUCCAUCAUCCCAAGAAAGAUGACCAAUUAGUUAGUCGUGUAACUAAUCCUAAAAUAUGUAUUUAAAAAAUAUGUGUAAAAUUGUUAUGAAUUUUCUUAUUUUACGGACAAAUAAAUUGUAAAAACUUGUCGCAUUGUAUUACAUAAAAAACAACAAACACUUGGCGUAAAAAACCGGAUACAUAAGUUUAGCGAUUGCUGUACAUUAUUUGUGGAGGCGAAAAAAAGUGGACAAGUAAGGAAAAUCAUGAAUAUACAUAACUUGUUCAUAAAUCGAUGGACUGUUAAUUAAUUAAUUAUUAAUUAAUUACUGAAUUAUUUCCUAGUUUUAUUUACACCCUAAAUAACUCUAGAUUACAAAAUAGUUGGUAAAAUACAUACAUAAGUUUGGUAAAUAUUUAAGCGACGACGACGACGACGUGAGAAACAACAAAAGAUAACAUGUUACUGUUUCAUGUCAGUGCAGAACAUGAAGAAAUUCAUGGUGAUUUAUAAAAUAAAAAAAGAUGAUGAUAAAGAUCAGAGAAA